CGUGUUGUCUUCGUAAUCGUCAUUGCCAUACCGUUACAGAUUCGUGAAAAAUGAAAUAGUGGAACUGCUCUUGUGUCUAAAGGUGAUAGAGCUCUUUCGGAUUUGUUUCUGAUUUGCCUUAAUAAUGCAUAUUUGAAAUGGCAGAUGAAGAUAUAGAAAACACGACCGAAACAACAAACGGUGGCAGCAAUCACGUUGAAGAAGAAGAUAAACGAUAUUGUUGGGUUUGUUUUGCCACUGAUGAAGAUGAUACAACAGUUCCUUGGGUGCAGCCCUGUAAUUGUCGAGGAACCACAAAGUGGGUACAUCAAGCUUGCAUUCAGCGUUGGGUGGAUGAAAAACAGAAAGGAAACCCAUCAGGGAAAGUGUCAUGCCCACAGUGUAACACGCAGUAUAUCAUUGUGUUCCCUCAUAUGGGGCCGGUGAUUGUCAUGUUGGAUGCUGUGGACAAUGUAAUAUAUAAGGUGUGUCCAUUUGUUGCUGCUGGUAUUGUUGUCGGAUCCAUAUACUGGACUGCUGUCACUUAUGGUGCUGUUACUGUGAUGCAGGUUGUUGGCCACAAGGAAGGUUUGUCAGUGAUGGAACAAGCAGACCCAUUAGUUCUUCUGGUUGGAUUACCCACAAUCCCCAUUAUGUUAAUUCUUGGUAAAAUGGUUCGCUGGGAAGAUAGUGUUCUUGCAUUUUUAAGACGCAACUCGAAGAAAGUGCCAUUCCUCAAAUAUCUAUUCCCAUCAUGUGGAGAGGAGCGAAGAACCAGUAUGGAUUUGCCACCUCUGUCAGAUCCUGUUUCAGCUACCCGAAUUUUAUGCAGUGCGCUUCUGUUACCUACAGUGGCAACUUUGUGUGGCAAGUUAUUCUUUGAUUCUGUACCUUCCAAUCUCCAGAGAACAGUACUUGGUGGAGUUGCAUUCAUCACCAUCAAAGGGGCUUUGAAAAUCUAUCACAAACAGCAGCAGUAUGUUCGUCAGUGUCAGAGAAGGAUUCUUGAUUUUACAGACUCAAAUGUUGAUGCUUUUGUUAAUAAUGGUGAUGGUGUUCAGCCUGGUUCAUCUGGCCAGUGAUCUUCGCUAUUCCGAUUUCUGCGACAAACAGUCCUUCCCAUAUUGUAUAUGUAUACCUUCAAGUGUAUUGAAAUGGAUACAUGUAUAUAAUAAUCCCUCUUUAUUAACAGUUUCUUCUUGUAGUUCUAACAGAAGUUUGCAGGGCAAAUAAAUCAGUCAGAAUAUGCCAUGGCUUAGAACUCAAAACCCUUGUGUAAAUACAGGGUAGGGCGCAGAAACUUCCUUUUUUUGAAGGCGAAUAAAAGAAAAAUUAUUGCUGAUAGACAGAAUUUAUGUUUAGCUAA